AUGAAGGUAGAGAUAGCAGAACUUGCAAAGAAUCCCAUGGGGUUCCUCAUGGAGUCUGUUCACUCUGCUGGUUAUUCAGGUGCAUUGGCAAAUCCUCUGUACACACCUGAGUCUGCUUUGCACAGAUUUAAUGGGGAACUCUUUGAAGAGUUUAUGACUGAGAAUUUCACGGCUGCACGUAUGGUACUGGUGGCAAGUGGAGUUGAGCAUGAAGAUCUUUUGAAAGUUGUUGAGCCGUUAACUUCUGACCCACCUAACUUACCACGCCAAGCAGAGCCUAAGUCUCAGUAUACUGGUGGAGAUUUUUUCCACAAUACUGGUGGAGAUUUUCGCCAACAUACUGGUGGAGAGGCUACACACUUUGCGCUUGCCUUUGUGGUUCCCGGCUGGAAGAGCAAGAAAGAAGCACUCAUCGCUUAUAUGCUUAUGGGAGGAGGUGGCUCAUUCUCAACUGGAGGCCCUGGAAAAGGAAUGCACUCAUGGCUUAAUCUCCGUAUUCUGAACGAAUAUCAGCAAGUUCAGUCAUGCACCGCAUUCACUAGCAUAUUUGGCAACACCGGACAAUUUGGAAUCUAUGGUUGCUCGGUGAUUUCAGCAAGAUCCUGA